UCGACAUCGAGAGAUUUGAAAGUAAGCUGAGGAAACUCGAUUGUCUUUUUUCAAAACCACACAAACUCUUCAAAAUGGUGAAAAUGUACAGUUUGAAGCAAAAUUUGGGUGAGAAAAGGUCUCAGAGCCAACAACAAAUAAUAGAGCCUCACGUUACAAUAGAUGAUGACACAGAUACAACAGAAGAACGAAAGCCAAAUCUGGACACCAAACAGAAAAUACUGAAGAACUUAUUUACUCUAACCAUUGGAGCAAUGAUAGUCAAUAUCCCACAUUUUAGUUUGACCGGCCUUCAGAGUAGUUUAAAUAAAGAAGGAGGCCUUGGGGCAGCUGCUAUCAGUUGUCAAUGGGCUGGGUAUGCCAUUUCUAGUUUGCUCAUUGCACCUUCUUUUUUCAACAAACUUGGUCUUAGAAAGUCAUUUUUCGUCUCUUGGAUGUUAUUGCUGACUUUUAUAGUAGCGAAUGCCUUUCCCAGUUGGUAUAGCCUCAUACCAACGAGUAUAUUAUAUGGAAUUGGAACAGGGAUAAACUGGGUUGCCAAUCCAACUGUGGUUACAUCUCUAGCACUGGACUACAUAUACAUCAAGAAAACAUCAGACACUCGCUCGAUAAUUGACUCAUUCCAUGGUCUAAUGCUAGCAAUGGUCAACAGUGCAAGAAUCUGGGGGGAGUUAAUUUCAGCUAGCAUCCUAUUGGAUGACACAGAACCAAUCGAUGAUAAUAUCAACAAUGCUACAACACUCAACGAUGUCUGUGGUCCAGAAUUCUGCCCAAAUUCAAAUUUGACCGGAACAAACAUCAUUCGACCACCAAACGAGAAAAUCUAUCUCCUAGUUGGUGUAUAUUCUGGAUGUAUCGUCCUUGGAAUGUUGACACUGUUCAUAAUUGAUCCACACAAACCAACCAAAACUAUUUCAGCAGUAGAUAGAAUAUUAAAGACAAUCAAACUACAGGGGAAUCCAAGAAUGCUGCCACUCAUAGCAUUGUUUGUAUAUAAUGGAUUUAGAAAUUCACUCAUAUGGGGUGACUUUACUCAGGCCUAUAUAAGCUGUGAGCUAGGGGUUGGUUAUAUUGGUCUCACCAUGUUGUGUAUGGGAAUAACUAACACCAUUAGCGCCAGCCUCAUUGGAAUCAUCCAUCGGUGGAUACCAAGACAGGUCUUUGUCGCUAUAGCAGCAUCUCUUAAUAUGCUCGCCAUAGUAACAAUGUUGCUAUGGGAACCUUCCACUGAUCAGUUCUGGUUGUUUUUCACACUUCCUGCAAUUUAUGGCUUGGCACACGCCAUAUGGCAAACACAGGAAAAUUCUAUCAUCAACAUACUAUUCCCUGAUACACUGGACUGUGGUUUUGUGAGUCGAAACAUGUGGCAGUCUAUAGGCGUAUCAACAUCAUUUGCUAUCCAGGCUUUCUUAUGUGUAUCAACCAAGGCUUACAUCACCAUAGGAAUGUUGUUGGUUGCCAUGGUGAGCUACACAAUACUGGAACUUCUUAUACAAUUCAAAUGGAAACUUCAAACAAAAAGUGACACUAAGUGAAUAUGGUGCCAUAAAGUGAUUAUGGUACCAUAAAGUGAA